AUGGCGUUUAAUAGAUGUUGUUUGAUCUUCUUGGCAAUUACCUGGUGCACUUCUGCCUAUGGGCCUGACCAACGAGCCCAGAAGAAAGGGGACAUUAUCCUCGGGGGGCUCUUUCCUAUUCAUUUUGGAGUAGCAGCCAAAGAUCAAGAUCUAAAGUCAAGGCCGGAAUCUGUGGAAUGUAUCAGGUACAAUUUCCGUGGGUUUCGUUGGUUACAAGCAAUGAUAUUUGCCAUCGAGGAAAUCAACAGCAGCCCAGCCCUUCUUCCCAACAUGACACUGGGAUACAGAAUAUUUGACACUUGCAACACCGUUUCUAAAGCCUUGGAGGCCACCCUGAGUUUUGUGGCACAGAAUAAAAUUGAUUCUCUGAACCUUGACGAGUUCUGCAACUGCUCAGAGCAUAUCCCCUCUACCAUCGCUGUGGUGGGAGCAACUGGCUCAGGCAUCUCCACAGCAGUGGCAAACCUGCUGGGCCUCUUCUACAUCCCCCAGGUCAGCUAUGCCUCCUCCAGCAGACUCCUCAGCAACAAGAAUCAGUUCAAGUCAUUCCUCCGUACCAUCCCCAAUGAUGAACACCAGGCCACCGCCAUGGCAGACAUUAUUGAGUAUUUCCGCUGGAACUGGGUGGGCACAAUUGCAGCUGAUGAUGACUACGGACGGCCAGGGAUUGAGAAGUUUCGCGAGGAAGCAGAGGAGAGGGACAUCUGCAUUGACUUCAGUGAACUCAUCUCCCAGUAUUCUGAUGAGGAAGAGAUCCAGCAAGUGGUGGAGGUGAUCCAGAAUUCCACAGCCAAAGUCAUUGUUGUUUUCUCCAGUGGCCCAGACCUCGAACCCCUCAUCAAGGAGAUCGUCCGGCGCAAUAUCACAGGGAGGAUCUGGCUGGCCAGUGAGGCUUGGGCCAGUUCUUCCUUGAUUGCUAUGCCCGAGUACUUCCAUGUGGUUGGAGGCACCAUUGGAUUCGCUCUGAAGGCUGGGCAGAUCCCAGGUUUCCGGGAAUUCCUGCAGAAAGUCCAUCCCAGGAAGUCUAUCCACAAUGGUUUUGCCAAGGAGUUUUGGGAAGAAACAUUUAACUGCCACCUCCAAGAAGGUGCUAAAGGGCCUUUGUCCAUGGACACUUUCCUGAGAGGUCACGAAGAAGGUGGUGGCAGGAUAAGCAACAGCUCCACUGCCUUCCGACCUCUUUGUACAGGGGAUGAGAACAUCAGCAGCGUGGAGACCCCUUAUAUGGAUUAUACACACUUACGAAUUUCCUACAAUGUCUACUUAGCGGUCUAUUCCAUUGCUCAUGCCCUGCAAGAUAUAUACACAUGCUUACCUGGAAGAGGGCUCUUCACCAACGGUUCCUGUGCAGAUAUCAAGAAGGUUGAGGCUUGGCAGGUCCUGAAGCACCUACGGCACCUAAACUUUACCAACAAUAUGGGGGAGCAGGUGACUUUCGAUGAAUGUGGUGACCUGAUGGGGAACUACUCCAUCAUCAACUGGCACCUCUCCCCAGAGGAUGGCUCCAUAGUGUUUAAGGAAGUCGGAUAUUACAACGUCUAUGCCAAGAAAGGAGAAAGGCUCUUCAUCAAUGAGGAGAAAAUCCUGUGGAGUGGGUUCUCCAGGGAGCCCUUCACUUUUGUGCUCUCGGUUCUCCAGGUGCCAUUUUCCAACUGCAGCCGAGACUGCCUGGCAGGGACCAGGAAAGGAAUCAUUGAGGGGGAGCCCACCUGCUGCUUUGAGUGUGUGGAGUGUCCUGAUGGGGAGUACAGUGAUGAAACAGAUGCAAGUGCCUGUGACAAGUGCCCCGAUGACUUCUGGUCCAAUGAAAACCACACUUCCUGCAUUGCCAAAGAGAUUGAGUUUCUGUCCUGGACAGAGCCCUUUGGGAUUGCACUCACCCUCUUUGCCGUGCUGGGCAUUUUCCUGACAGCCUUCGUGCUUGGUGUCUUCAUCAAAUUCCGUAACACACCCAUCGUCAAGGCCACCAACCGAGAGCUCUCCUACCUCCUCCUCUUCUCCUUGCUCUGCUGCUUCUCCAGCUCCCUGUUCUUCAUUGGUGAGCCCCAGGACUGGACAUGCCGCCUGCGCCAGCCAGCCUUUGGUAUCAGCUUCGUGCUCUGCAUAUCAUGCAUCCUGGUGAAAACCAACCGUGUCCUCCUGGUGUUUGAGGCCAAGAUCCCCACGAGCUUCCACCGCAAGUGGUGGGGGCUCAACCUGCAGUUCCUGCUGGUCUUCCUCUGCACCUUCAUGCAGAUUGUCAUCUGCGUGAUCUGGCUCUACACCGCCCCACCCUCAAGCUACCGCAACCAUGAGUUGGAGGAUGAGAUCAUCUUUAUCACAUGCCAUGAGGGCUCCCUUAUGGCACUGGGCUUCUUGAUUGGCUACACCUGUCUGCUGGCUGCCAUCUGCUUCUUCUUUGCCUUCAAGUCCCGGAAGCUGCCAGAGAACUUCAAUGAGGCCAAGUUCAUCACCUUCAGCAUGCUCAUCUUCUUCAUCGUCUGGAUCUCCUUCAUUCCAGCCUACGCCAGCACCUACGGCAAGUUUGUCUCUGCCGUGGAAGUGAUCGCCAUCCUGGCAGCCAGCUUUGGCUUGCUGGCCUGCAUCUUCUUCAACAAGGUCUACAUCAUCCUCUUCAAGCCAUCCCGUAACACCAUCGAGGAGGUGCGCUGCAGCACUGCUGCUCAUGCUUUCAAGGUGGCAGCCCGGGCCACGCUGCGCCGCAGCAACGUCUCCCGCAAGCGGUCCAGCAGCCUCGGGGGCUCCACGGGCUCCACGCCCUCCUCCUCCAUCAGCAGCAAGAGCAACAGUGAGGACCCCUUCCCACAGCCCGAGAGGCAGAAGCUGCAGCAGCCACCACUGGCCCUGCCCCAGCAAGAGCCGCCGCCACGGCAACCCCUGACCCUACGGCCGCAGCCCAGAUGCAAGCAGAAGGUCAUCUUCGGCAGUGGCACCGUCACCUUCUCACUAAGCUUUGACGAGCCUCGGAAGAGUGCCAUGGCUCCCAGGAAUUCCACGCACCAGCACUCCCUGGAGGCCCAGAGAGGCAACGAGACCCUGACCAGACACCAGGCACUGCUCCCGCUGCAGUGCGGGGAGGCGAACUCAGAACUGACUGUGCAGGACACGGGCCUGCAAGGGCCUGUGCGGGGGGACCACCGACCAGAGACGGAAGAGCCUGAAGACAUGGCCCCGGCGCUCGUCGUGUCCAGUUCCCAAAGCUUUGUCAUCAGCAGUGCAGGCAGCACCGUCACAGAAAACAUGCUGCGUUCGUAA